UCGCUGAAGGUGUCGCCGUUCCACCGUAAAUUUUCCUCCAGUAAGUCGCUCGAUGACACUAAGUUCAUGGAUGAGGUAUGCGAAUGUUUGGGCACCUUGGAAAGUGGCGAUGAAGUGACUAGAGGUAUCCCGAUGGAACAAUUCUUCCGCGACUCUUUGACCGUCUUCUCUCAUCGGUGGAAAAUGAAAGACCAGAGUUCAGAAUUGGCCUUCCAAGGGUUGCUGCUCAUCCUGGAGUACAGCCUGUCUUGUGCACUGGCCAACCACCUCUAUUUCGCAUGUUUUAUCGAAGCUCUCGGCUACCACACAGUUUUUUUCUGGAAGAAGGCCGUACCACUGCUCUUUGAUAGCGACAUGCAGUAUGGCACUUCGUACCGUGAUUGCCUUCUGUUGAGGUAA